UUUCAGAGGUGGUGGUAGCCCUCUGAGUCAUAGGGUUCGCAAGGAUGUUUACAGCAAUCCUUCAUGCGCAUGGCUGGAGUCUGGUGAUGGGUGUUUGUAUGCGCGGCGUCGAUCCGCGAAGGUGAGUCAGCUCGGCCGUCUGGCGCCCACAGUCGUUACUGCGGAGCUCACUCGUGUUAACGUGCGCCUUACACGACCGCUAUACAUUUACUUACCGGAGAAUAUAAACAUUUGAUCCACCAUGUCUCACUCGGUGACAAUCACUCGCACCACGGUGGCCACCACGCGCUCCACCAUGUAUGACAAUACCGGCUACCUCUGCACAAUGCCAGGCUUCCUCAAACUCGCUCAGCUGUUGCUGGGAGCGGCCUGUGUCGGCGUGGUGGGCUACUACAUGGACUACGGCGGCUACUCGGUCAUCAAUGGCAAGGCCGAACUGUUUUUCCUACUGAUUGCUGUCACCUUCCUCAUCGGCACAUUCUGCAUACUAUUAGCGUGCCUCUUGUCCAUGUCAACAGCUUCUAUUUUAUCAAAAACAAUAUAUGAGUUAAUAUAUCACGGAGUGGCGUUCGUAUUGUACCUGUGUGCUGGGCUCACGCUUCUUAUAGAAGUAAACCACCAGAAGAACAACUACUACAGAAGGGGCUACGAACCAUACUUUGCGGCUGCCAUCAUGGGACUCGUGCAAGCAUUCCUGUACUUUAUGAGUACGUUCUUAGCCAACCGUCAUUAUCGCGGCAUAUAAAUAUGUUAAGUGUAUUGUUCCACAAACUGACCAAUACUAUGCAAGAGAAACUGGGAGGAACUAUGAUUAGUAUUUCGUCGCGGAGAUCUAUCACCAAUUCUGAAAGUGCAGUUGUAGAAGAGAGAGUCUAGUUUCAUUAUUUUUUUUACGUUCUAACGUCAAAGACAUGGUGGUAGGCCUCCUGAAUUUCAAUUGUUUCACAUAUAAGUUGUCACACACAUCUCUCGCUAGUGAUACUUAUUCUUCUUUAUAAGUGACGCUUGCUCUAGUCAUUAAGUUUGUAACGUUUAUGUAAAGGGAAUGCCUUGGAAAGAAUUAUAUCGUGUUAUAGAUGGAAAUAACCUAUUUAUAAGCUCGGAAUGGUUUAGUAACUAGACGUAUACUCGAAACAGUUUCGUCCUGAUUUGCGAUGCCUUAAAUGUUGUAGAAAACGAUGUAAAAGCUCUUUGGAAACUUUCUAUUGUGAAUGAAAAUGAAGGAGUUAAAAGAUAUUGUCAAGUGUAUUUUAGAGAGUCUGCAUUUGUAAGAAUGUAUUUUUGUAUGAUAAAUAUGUAUUCUAUUUAUGAAGAAUUUUACAAUUUCGUAUGAAAUUAUAAUAAAAAAAAACGAAACCGAAUAUAUGUAUAUUUUCGGUUUCGUAGAAAAACAAGAAAGUUUCAAAACAAGACGUGUAUUAUCUGUUAAACGUUAAUUAACAAUUCACAUGUUUGAUAUUUUUGGUUGAUAAAACGUUAAUCUGAAUAGUACCUAAAUAUUAAAAACUUCCUACAUUGCACUUAUUAUCUGUCAAUCAUCAGAAAACCACACGAGGCAGUGUGAUUAUUAAUCAUGUACUUUAUGUGAGUAAAAGAUAACUGUGACCGUCGUUAAAAAGAAAAGAAU